GUUGUCUUUGUUGUCUUCUAUCUGGAUUUUACGUACUGCUAGUUGGCUAAGCCGUCUACGUUGGCUUUUCUUCUUCUCCUAUAGAAAUGUUAAGUACACAGUGGAAACAUUUUAUACAUUGAUAUCUUUAUAAAUACGCGUUUAUAAAUCAUCGGUCAUAUCAGCAAUGUUUGUGGGACACAUACUUAGUCUGCUGUAUUUGUGAAACGUCGUAGUAACUUAAUGUCAUCAGUUUUUGUUUUUAGAAUAAAUUGUGUUUAUGUAAUUAAAAUUCUGUAGUUCUUUAUUUUGAUGUCUUAUCAGAGUGCUUGGCAGCACACCAGGACUGCUGACUAUGUCUUAAAUGUUAAAUCAUAUGACACUGUAAAUUUCUUUUGGCUGCUUUUAUAAUAUCCACUGUGGCUCAAAUUUCCUAACCAUUACAUAUUUUUGUGAGAAAUAUGUGUAAACCAGUACCGAAUAUGUAAUUGUGCUUAGGCUGUCCUCUGAGGCCCCUGAAUUCAUGCAUGUCAUUGCGCAGCUCUGUCACUGUGGUAUCAGAAGGGGCUCUCAAUCAUUAGAGACUUGGGUGCAGAAACAAAAGUAUAGUAUUUGGACAUAAAAAGCACAGUAUAAAUUCUACUAAAUUACUGCUCAAAUUCUAGAAAUUUACAAAAUCAAGAACAGCGCAUGUUGACAGCACAUUUGACUGUCAAUGUUGUAGCUUUUGAAUUGAGGCAGUGUAAGGGAAAUUGAAAGUUGAUCUAGCUGUGUCCUGAAAAAAACAUUGUCAUACCCUUGCUGAUUUACAACUGAUCGUAAAUAUAUAUUUCUAUACAAAUGUAUUUGUGAUUUUGUUUUAGUAAGUAGUUGUAAUUGAUAAAUAGUUACACAACGAUAUUGGUAAAUAAGCUUAAUGUGGCAACUUUUGUAAAGCCAGUUCAACAAAUUAUUAGUAUUCAGAGUUCUGCAAUUAUUAUCAACUGAACAAUGACUAAUCCAGGACACAAUAUCAGUUGAUAAAUUUGUGUGGUGGUUCUUAUUUUAAUUGGAGUUAGUUUUUAUAAAUAACAUGUAGAAAUGGGACUACAUUGUGAUCACAAGGCUUUAAUCUAAAGGAAGGUUUUUAUGUUCACCAACAGUGCUAAUUUCUCCCUUAAAAGCUGUGGCCAUUAUCUUCUUGGAAAUAUUUUUGCUUUGAAACCUUUUUUCUAUAUGGAAAACAGACACUUUCCUAUCACAGUUAGUUGCUAUUUGUUAUUGUUAUUUAAGAUUACUAUUUUUAUAUAUUAUUUUAGAACUUAUAAUGUGAAAGGUUUCCAUUCAUAGGCUAAAAAUGAGAAUUUCAACUGGUGUUGACCAAACAACAUCUGUCUGGUGUCAAUGCAAAUUCAGUGCAGACACAUCGCCAUGAAGAGUGAGGUGCCAUCUGAAGCUGCUAGGAGACAGGAGCCUCUGAAGGAACCACUGGUUAACUCUGAGCCAGUGGAGGUUGCUAAGAGCUUCACUAAUAACAUGGAGGUGAUUGGAAAGGCAGGUAGUGAAUUUGAAACCCUGUGUGAGUCAAGGCAUCGUCCCCUGAAAGACACAGGAGCACACAGAGACUCGGAACGGAGCAUCCAUGGGCGGAGAAAACGAAAAGGCCAACAGGCAGGACCAUCAGACUGUUCCCUUAAGGAGGACCACAUUAGUGAGAGUUCACUGGACCCACAGAGGUCAAGGGUAGAACUUUUACAGCACCCUAGUGAGGAUGAACAUAAUCACGAAUCCUCCUUUAGUGACUGUGCCUCUUCCCCUUCCUCAAGUUUGAGAUUUGGGGACUCGGACACUCUUAGCUCAGAGGAUGACGUCGAAGGUGGAGCGACAGGGGGCCAGCCCAAGGCUCCUGCCCUGACAGCUGGAGGAGCCACGGGACGUGGAUUGCGGCCCAUUUUAGGUCGCACUCGAGGACACCGCUCUCAUAAAUGGGUGCGGUCUGAGUCUGAGCCGGUGCUCCUCAAGCGGCCAUGCCUGAGCCGACGGCCACUACAUAGGAAACGGAUUUUGAAAACAACUCCUGGAGGAGGGCAGCGGACUCCAAAACAAAAGGAGAGACUAUUACUGCAGAGAAAGAAAAGGGAAGUGAUUGCACGUAGGAAGUACGCUCUCCUUCAUAGUACUAGUAGCUCCAGUGGAGAGGCGACCGAUGACUCGUCCUCCACAUCUUCUACAGAAGCAGAGGAUGAGCUAUAUGUAGAUGUCAGCAGCACUAGCAGUCAGGCCAACACUGCUCCUGUAGCCACAGGUGCCCUGGAUGAAGAUGUGGUGGUCAUUGAAGCAACUCCGGCUCCGGCCCCUAUCGUUCCCGCUAGUGAGGAGAUCAAUGUCACCUCAACAGACAGCGAAGUGGAGAUAGUUACAGUUGGGGAUAGUUUCAGGUCACGGGCUGUUGGGGGUCUUAGCAGGAUUUGGGCCAGUAGUUGUGCCCAGAAUCGCCUUCCAGAGCGUGGACGUCAUCGACUCUCCACAGUUAUCCAACCACUGCGUCUGAACGCUGGUGAGGUGGUGGAUCUGACUGUUGAUGAAGAUGAUCUCUCUGUUGUGCCAACAACGUCCGGCAGCCAUCACACUCAAACAGUCAGAUCGUCCUCCUCAUCAUCUUCCCAUCAUGCCUCUACCUCAGAGUUCAACGAUGCCCCAGGCCCUUCUACUAGCUGCCCAGGGUCAAUACCUGAAAUUACACGUGCACAGAGGCUAAUUGGCUCUUCUCGCACAGCCACAGAGGAUGAUGGCAGACCAGGUUUGUCAGGUACAGCAGUAGAAAAUACUGGUGCAGCAAUGCCCAGACUACCAUCUUGCUGUCAGCAGCAUUCCCCCUGUGGAGGCCUCUCUCCUGGUCACCUGUCCCUGAGCCACUCCCAUUCAAGCUGUUUGCAGGCGUCAUCAUCACAGCAAACCAGCGGUUCGCAGCACAGCCACGGUCACAGCAACAGCAGUGCUCACCACUUCCUCCACCAUGUCCAUCAUCCAGCACCACAGCCUCUGGGGUCGCUGCCAUUUACAGAGCCCAGCUGCUCUGUGGAGAGGCCCAACACUCUGCCACCACCAUGUGCUGGAGUCAGCAGUAGCACCAGCAAUGGCAGUGGUAGUGGCAGCAGCAACACAGCCCACUACCAUGACCAGCAAACUCUGCCAGUCGACCUGAGCAACAGCAGUAUUCGUAGUGGUUCAAAUAAUGGUGCACCUUUCCAUGGGAGCACCUCAGCCUUUGACCCCUGCUGUCCUGGUUCAGCCUCACGGCCCCCUGCUUACGCUUCUCAGGCCACACCGGGCUCCAACCAGCCCAGUGUAGUGGAUUCCUUCAACUCCUCCAUGGCGGCUCAGCCCCAGCCCCAGGCACAACCUCAGCCCUGCAGACAUUACAUUCACCCCUCCUAUGGUUCUUUAGCACGCUCUCUGCACCAUCAGCCCUCUUCUGCCUGUCCUCACUCCCAUGGGAAUCCUCAACUUACACCUCAGCCUGUACCACAAGGCGAUUAUGUUAUUCCUCACACUGUCACCUUUCAUCCACCACUGCCAUCUCACCCUUCAGGCCAUACUGUGCCUCCUGCGCCCCCUCCACCUCUUUCUUCCCACCACCUCUCAAGUUCCAGUGCUCCACUGGCCCAGCACCUGCCUUCAGACCCACAAACACUGCCACAUCAUAUGCCUACACUGGGAGCCUCUGUACAAAGGCUGCAUCAGCAUGACAUGCUGAGGGUUGAAGUCCAGAGGCGCAGAAUGAUGCAGCACCCCACACGAGCACACGAGCGUCCACCGCAACACCCUCAUAGAAUGCAUCCCAACUAUGGCCACGGACACCAUAUCCAUGUGCCACAAACUAUGUCUUCCCAUCCUCGCCAGCCUGAGCAGAGAACAGCAUGGGAGCUUGGCAUCGAGGCUGGAGUUACUAUGGCACCAUAUCCUUCAGGGCACCUGCACUCCCACUUGCCCCAUUACCAUCCCUCCCCCAGACUGCACCACUUCCCCAUUUCCUUCAUGCACGCUGGCAUAUCUGACAUGCCCUACCCUCACAUUAGGUACAUUUCAUCUAGAAUGCCUGGCUUUGGAAGAACAUAUGAGGACCUACUGCAUUUAGAGGAAAGAUUAGGGACUGUGAACAGAGGAGCCUCUCAGGGAACCAUAGAGAGGUGCACUUACCCACACAAAUACAAAAAGAAGGUGUUGGAGAGAGACAUUGGCCAACAGUUAACCCCUGAAGCUUGGGCAUCUAUUGGGAAAAAUAUGCACGCAACCCCAGAAUCGAGAAAGCUGCAUGAAAAGCAGGAGGAGGACGAGGGAGCAGAGGAAGACACAGAAGAGAAAUGCACCAUCUGUCUGUCGAUACUAGAAGAGGGGGAGGACGUCAGACGUCUACCCUGUAUGCACCUCUUCCAUCAGCUGUGUGUGGACCAGUGGCUCCUCACCAAUAAGAAGUGCCCCAUCUGCAGAGUGGACAUAGAGGCUCAGCUGUCUGCUGAGAGUUGAUGCUGUUUUUCUUAACAACCCUUUUGGUUGAAAGUUUAUUUUGGAGAUCAUAUGAAUUUUCUCUUCAGUACUACAGUCGACCAAAGAUGGCAUGAAAUACCUGUGCAGCUCCACCAGAAGAGAAAACUAAUAAAUAAAUAAAACCUAAACAAAAAAAAACAAACAAAACAAGACGUUAAAGCAUUGAGCCUAGAGUGCCAGUUAUCAUAUAUUACUACAACAGCUAGAAUUCUCCAUUAAGGACUUAAGAUUUUAUUGUAUUUAUGAAGCUUUUAUGUAGCUUUCGAUUGUUUCCUCAAGUGUCAUUUAUGUUUCUCUGCAUGUUUCCUUGCAAUGCAUUUCUUUGCACAUGUAACGUGGGCUUAACACGGCCUAACAAUUUGCAGGUGAGAAUAGCUGCUCUAGUAAAGAUGCAUUUCUGUAAACUCAAUGCCUUGCUUUACUAGAAUAGAAUAUCAACCUCCAGUUAAAAAAACCACACAUUGCAGGAUACAUUUUUACCAACCAUUGUAUUGAUUAGUUUAUGUUUAGAAGAUGUGGAUUGUUAGUAAAAGAUGUUUUUAAGUAAAUCAAGACAUUCCUAACUAGGGAAAUAUGUUAACAGAUCAGCUGCUGUAUUAGUGCACACCCAGUAUUUUUAGAGUGGAAAUAAAGCCCCCAUGUUCACCUCCCUCUUCAAAUAUGCACAUGCUUUGCUAUGAUUCCACCUCCUUCCGGCACCUUCAUUUGACUAAAGCAUCAUUACCAACGCCGUCAUAUGUAUUUUCGAGAGAAAAGAAGAGGAGCGUCACCUCCUUCUCCUGACUGUUCUUUCUAAACGGAAUGUUUGUGGGAUUUGCUGUGAAUCUUUUCUUUGUUUUGUCAGGGUGUUCUCCCCUGCACACAGGCCUGUUACAGUUGAGGUUUCUGUAAGUCGAUCUCAGGUCUGCGUGUGUGUGUGCGCACUUGUGCAUACGAGUGUGUGUAUGAACUUUUUGCAUGAGCCUGUAACCUAGGGUCAUUUUCUCAAUUUGAUACUGGCAGUGGUCUGGACUUCUGCAGAUUGUGUUCAGAGGUAAAUACACAGCUCGAUGUGAGAUGGAAGUACACUGAUUGUUCUCACUCAAAUUUGUUUUAUCUCCCCCUAUGCCCACUUUUGUCUCUCUGUAGUAUGAGCAGCAGAGUCCAUUUUGGCUGUUGUGCAGAUAAACACUAAUACUGUUGACUAACUCACUGGCAUAGACUUGCACAAGAGAGAAAUGUUUUAUGUUUUAAGAACAAUAGUUAUGAAUAUGAGAGUGUGCUGAGGCCAUGUAUUUCCACUCUGCUGAAUAGAAGAAAAAAACAUAUUUUGAAUGGAGUGUUGAAAUGCAGUACUUAAAGCAGGUAUCCAUGCAUUCAUUGACUUAAAGGCACCAGGAUCAUAUUCUGUGGGAUUUAUAUUAGUUUUAAAAAAAAUAAUAAUAAACUUGGAAUAACUCAAA